AUUUUUAUUUUGGUUCGUACGUAAUUUAUGAUUUUUAUCGUGUGAAUUGGAUCCGAACCAGAAAUGAAUAGAUUUGUUUGGGAAGGAGAUAUUUCCCAAAGCGAAAGAGAAAUCACGCGACAGAAUCAUAUAAGAAUAUACGACGGUGACGAAAAAACUAACUUUGAUAAUGGAGAAUUAAUACUAACUACACAUCGAUUUCUUUGGAAGGAUAAUCAUCAGCGGGAAAAGGAAUUAUCUCUUCAUUUAUCUCUUGUGGUUUUUGCCGAGAAAGAAAAUAGAGGAUGGACAAGAAGUGGAAAAAUUGUGGUUCAUUUAAGUCAACUUCCUGAAAAUCAAAAGUCUUUAGGGCCUGUUAAAUAUAGUCCAUUUAAUUUUGUAAAAUUUUCAUUUGUACAAGGAGGAGAAUCAGAAUUUUUUCAAAGUUUAACAGAAGUUUUAGAAAAAAAAGAAUGGGAAAAAGUGCCUUUAGUAGGAAUAUCGGCAAAAGAUAUGGUCAAUAUGUCAAAGACUAUUGCACAGAAAAUCACUGAAAAGAAAGGUUGUAUUUCUGAAGACGAGACUAUACAAUUUAAAUCACAUUUGCUAAGCUUGGGAAUCAGUGAUCCUGUUACAAGAGAUACACAUGGAACUGGUGAUAUAUAUCAUUCAGAGUUAGCAAAACAAUUAGUACAAAUUUUAGAAAAACCCCUUGAAGAUGCUGGAGGAAUUUUGUCAUUAACAGAUGUUUAUUGUAGAAUAAAUAGAGCCAGGGGACUAGAGCUCAUAUCACCUGAAGAUUUAGUAAAUGCCUGUAAUAUGUUAGAAACUCUAAAUUUGCCAAUAAAAUUGCAUACCUUUGAUAGUGGAGUUAAGGUACUGAAAUCUGCUUCUAUUGAUGAACAUUCUGAUGCUGAAAAAUUAAAAGAAUUGCUGACGGAACACACGUGCUUAUCUGCCGACGAACUCUCUCGUAUUCUCAACACGACUGUAAUCUUAGCCAGAGAAAGGUUGCUCCAAGCGGAAAAAGAUGGCAUAGCUUGCAGAGACGACUCGAUAGAAGGCUUACGAUUCUAUCCGAAUAUGUUUUUGUUAGAAGGUGUAAAGUCGUAAUUUAUAUAUAAUUAAUAAAUAUGCAAUUAUUGUCACUUUAAGUGCAAAGAAUACUUUUUUAUUUUAGAUAUGAUAUAACUUAUUUGAAAUUUUGCAGAAAAAUGAAAAACUGUAUUUAUAUGAAACUGAACAGGCAAAUACCACAUAAUUUAAAAUGUUCAAGAAUUUUUUAUUUUGUAAAUUAAAUAAAGAAAUGUAUAUUUUUUGUUGUUAUUAUAAAUAA